AUAUAGUUUUUUGAAAAUUUCGUAGUUUUUAGAUUUUAUUAUGUAAUGAACAAAUGUGACUGUUGGACUUCGAUUCUCAAGAGGUUUUUGUGACCCUUGGAAUCUCAUGAACUUCUAUAUGUUGGAUUUUCGAAUGGAAUAGAUUACUUUUUGGCUUGCUUCAAUUCUAUGCUUUCUGGUUCUUGUAAACAGAAUUUACAAUACCGCAGGUUCUCACUCAGGUGUUGUCAUCCGAAUCCAUAAUUCGGAUCAGGUAGGCCAUCAUGUCAUCGUCUCCGAUUCCUUCAAGUUUUGUGUUCCUGUUUUAACUAACACAGAUUGUAAUGUUAUUUGGAAUAUGUGCAAAACUCAAUCAUACAAUUUUACCAAGUGUCAUCUUUAGUCUAGCAACUUAAGCUGGUCCAAUAGCAAAGGCCUGCGUAGUCUAAAAUGGUCACAGGUUCAAAUCCAGAAGGGGAUAAGGUUGUACACCUCAUCAAAACAAUCCUCUUGUGGAAUGCUUGUACAAGGAGGCUCUCAUACACUAAAUCAGCUUGUCAAUACACAAAGAAAACUGUUUUUAAGCAAGGGGUUUCUACAAGUUUUAGCAGUCCAAUAUCAAAAAAUAAUCUAGCAUUCAAUCAAAAAUCAUCAAAAAGAUGGAAACCUAUGAUGAUGGAUUAUAAAUCAGCUGGUCAGGCUUGCUGUUCAGCAUCGUCCACUCAAGUAACCUGUUCAGUUGUGAAUGUUAGAUGUUCUGCAGAACAGCAAUCACAAUCACAGUCAUCAACAACACAAACAAUUCAGCGCCAAUCAUCAGAGAUAUCCAAUGCACCAUCUCAGGAAAAAGAGAAGACACCUGAACUGGAUGAUGGAGGGGAUGGAGGUGGGCCAGGUGGUGAUGGUGGAGGUGGAGGGGGUGGAGGUGGUGGUGGAUGGUUUGGGGGUUUCUUCUUCUUUGGUUUUCUGGCAUUUCUUGGCCUUUUGAAAGAUAAUGAAAGUGAAAAGCGAAACUCCUAUGUGGAAUAAAGCCCAGAAUGGAACAUGCAUAAACAGUAAUAGAGAUUGUUGAGAUAUGGCAGUACAUCAUGAUCUUGUAUUAGCUUCAUAAUUUUUAAUGUAGGAUUUUAAAAGAUAGUUUCUUAUUUCUAUUCCUUCUUCAAUUGGAAAAUACUUAAUAGCUUUUGGAACAUGAGCUUAUGUUGGCUUCAUAUUUUUUUAUGUAGGAAUAUAAAAGAUGGUGUAUUUUUGCUUUUC